AUGGAACUUUGGUUGCAGUUAAACGUGCUAACAGGGUUGGAGGCUGACACAGUUACAGUUACAGUCACAUUAUUGCUAUUUUUUGUUUUAAAGUUCUUUUUUCGUAGAAUGACAGGUGUGCAUGGUAAUGUUCUUGAUUUUGCUGCAAGGCUAGAUAUUGCAAUAGACAUGGCACAUGCAGUUACAUACCUCCACAUGUACCCAGAUGAUCCCAUCAUUCAUAGAGAGAUCAAGUCUUCCAACGUUCUCCUCACUAAGAACCUACGUGCUAAACUGAUUGACUUUGGUUAUAAGGAAUUUUCUGAUGGAGAUGAAAUCCUAACUUUGGAUCCUCGGUUGGAGAGGUCUUCUGCAAAUAUAUUUGUAAUGGUAAAGGUUUUUGAAUUAGCCUUACAGUGUUUGGCUCCUCAGCAACAUAACUGGCCUACGAUGAAGAAGUGUGCGGAUGUUCUUUGGAGCAUCAGGAUGGAUUACAUAGAACUAUCAACUUCAGAAGUUCCUUCGAGUUCACGAAAGGUAGCUCGAUCACAAAAUAUUAAGUGA